ACACUUCUACAGGAGCAUCAAUACUUGCUGCUGCUUGUGGCGCUUUUUCUGGCUUCUGGCCUACACAGAUCAGGUUGUUUUGUUUGGAAAGUAGCCAAGCAAGGGAAUAGAUCAAGUUCUUCAGCAUGUGGAAGUGUUGAUGUAUUGCAAGAACUUGGGGUAGUAAUAGACUUGGACCCAGAGGGGGUAUCAAGAUGUGUAAAUGAAGUGGGAAUCGGCUUCAUGAUGUCGCCAAAGUAUCAUCUUGCUAUGAAGAUUGUUGGCCCUGUAAGGAAGAAACUGAAAAUCAAAACCAUCUUCAACACAUUGGGUCCUAUGCUGAAUCCCGCAUGUGUUCCCUUUGCCGUUGGUGGUGUAUUUCAUGAAGACUUGGUGCUGAAAAUGGCUAAAGCAUUGCAAAGCUUUGGCAUGAAGAGAGCAUUGGUUGCUCAUUUAGAGGGCUUGGAUGAAAUGAGUCCCCCUGGACCUGGAGUAGUGUAUGAAGCCAACCCCGAAAAGAUAUCAAAAUUUUCAUUUGAUCCACUGGACUUCGGCAUUCCACACUGUACAUUACAUGACUUGCGAGGCGGAGGCCCUGAUUAUAAUGCAGAAAGUUUAAGACGUGUAUUGUCGGGUGAGAAAGGUGUCAUUGCUGAUGCCACUAUCCUAAAUGCAGCAGCUGCUCUCUUUUUCAGUGGCCGUACAAAUAGUUUAGCAGAGGGAGUGGUUGUGGCUCGAGAGACGCAAUUAUCAGGGAAAGCUCUAGUCACGCUUAAUUUAUGGAUAGAGACUUCUAAUGUUUCGGGCCAAGAGGAAAUACAAGCUCAGGAGCUGGAGAACUCAAAAUGUAGCAAGAAAGAAAAAAAAGCAUCACAACAGAUAAAAAUACCAACAUUAUUGAUGUUAACACCUCAUUUAGUUUGGUGCACGAUUGGAAUUCAGGUACAUUUGUCAUACGGGAAACAUUUUUCCAACUUUUAGUACAAGAUUCAUCAAGUCUUCGAUGUAGAAUCAAAGCUGGGCAGAGUUUUUAGCUGUGGCAGCAGCAUCUUGGAGAAGAGGCAAGAGUUCGUUGCGUUGGUGCUUCU